AUGUUUAUGCCUAUAGUAUUAUUGCCGAUAGCUUAUGUAAAAUUGGAAAAUCCAAUGUUGCCGUUGAUUUACUUCAAAGAAUGCGAUGUCAACCAAAUAGUUAAAACAAUGAAGCAGAGGGGGAUAGAGCCAAAUGUGGUCACUUACAAUUCACUCAUAGAUGGAUAUUGUCAGCAGAACCAAUUCAUUGAGGCUAGAGUUGUAUUUGACACGAUGGUAAGCAAUGGCUGCACACCUGAUGAAGUGACUUACAAUAUCUUGAUUAAAUUGUACUGCAAAAACAAAAGAAUAGAUGAUGCAAAGCAACUUUUUAAAGAUAUAACACCUUCCAUUGUUACUUAUACUUCUAUGAUACAUGGCUUAUGCCAAGCAGGAAGGCUUUUGGAUGGGCGUGAUCUUUUUAACAACAUGCCUUGUAUUGGCCCUUCUCCCAAUAUAGCAACUUAUGGAAGUUUGAUACAUGGCUUUUGCAAACACGGGGAUUUCGAUGCCGGAUUGGCUCUAUUUCAUGAAAUGGAAAAGAGUAUGUUGAAACCUAAUUGUGAAAUCUACAGCAGUUUAAUUGAUGGUUUGUGUAAAGCUGGAAAGUUUAAAGAUGCUAAAGAUUUGUUCAAUAGAUUUCUCAUUCAAGGAUUGCAGCCUGAUGCUCAAACAUAUAAUAUACUAAUCAAUGGAACAUGCAAAGAAGGAUUAUUAGAUAAAGCCUACCAGGUCUACAGAAAAAUGAUAGAGGAUGGUUGCUCUCCACAUAGUUGCACGUAUAAUGUGAUUAUCCAAGGAUUUCUCAAGCACAACGAGCUGCUGGGGGCAAAACAACUUAUUGAAGAAAUGCGCGAUAAGGGAUUUUGUGCAGAUGCCACCACAUUAUCCUUGGUAGCAGAUGUAUUGUCCAGUGAUGAUGGCACUAUGAGAAAGCUACUUGAUCUUAAGGAUAAAGGCUCAGUUGAGUUGCCUCUAAUUGUUAAGCUCAUCGUAUUUCUUGUUAUCCCUGCAUAUCAAGUCUGUUUCACACUGAUGGUUAGCUCACUAUCUAAUAAGUUCAAAUUAGUAUACUCAGAAGAAAUUGAGACCGAACCGAAGGAAGCAGCUUUGAUAUCGAUGGGAACUGAAGUUGAUUUGAUGAAGAUCCUGAGAACUUUGUAA